GGCCAAGCGUGCAAGCUGUUUUAUAAAGGUCGAAGUGACUUCACCCUCAUCCUGAAGGUGACAGGUCUAGGAGUCUCCCCUGAUCUUCUUUGGGGUCCUGGCUUAAGAGACCACGUAUCUCAGCUGAGUUCAGUACUCCUCACAGCCACAGGCGGUGGCCAGGACUGAAUGAAUGGCAGUGAAAUUCUUGGCACACAGUGGCAGCUCAACAAACAGCUUCUCUCCUCUCCUCCUUUCCUUCAUAUCCAGUUGGCUGUUCUGGCAGCCAUCUUGAGAUCUCUACACUGAUGAUGUUGUCUGUGUUUGGACUCUCCGUCCCCAUCUCGGCCACAGAGCUUCUCCUGGCCUCCUUUGUCUUCUGCCUGGUGUUCUGGGUGGUCAGGGCCUGGCAGCCUCGGGUUCCCAAAGGCCUGAAGAGUCCACCAGGGCCCUGGGGCUGGCCUCUGCUCGGGCAUGUGCUGACCUUGGGGAAGAACCCACAUCUGGUGCUGGCAAGGCUGAGCCAGCAUUACGGGGACGUGCUGCAAAUCCGCAUCGGCUCCACACCCGUGCUGGUGCUCAGCGGCCUGGACACCAUCCGGCAGGCUCUGGUGCGUCAGGGUGAUGAUUUCAAGGGGCGGCCCAAUCUCUACAGCUUCACUCUGAUCUCUGAGGGCCAAAGCAUGUCCUUCAGCCCAGACUCUGGACCGGUGUGGGCCGCCCGCAGGCGCCUGGCCCAGAACGCCCUGAAGAGUUUCUCCAUUGCCUCAGACCCGGCUUCCUCAUCCUCCUGCUACCUGGAAGACCAUGUGAGCAAGGAGGCUGAGUACCUCAUUGGCAAGUUCCAGGAGCUGAUGGCAAAAGUUGGGCACUUUGACCCCUAUAGAUAUGUAGUGGUGUCAGUGGCCAAUGUCAUCUGCGCCAUGUGUUUUGGCCGGCGCUAUGACCAUGAUGACCAAGAGCUGCUUAGCAUAGUCAACCUGAGUAAUGAGUUCGGGGAUGGCACUGCCUCUGGGAACCCUGUGGACUUCUUCCCCAUCCUUCGAUACCUACCCAACCCUGCCCUGGAUUUCUUCAAGGAUGUGAAUGAGAAGUUCUCCAUCUUCAUUCAUAAGAUGGUCAAGGAACACUACAAAACUUUUGAGAAGGGUCACAUUCGGGAUAUCACAGACAGCCUGAUUGAGCACUGUCAGGACAAGAGGCUGGACGAGAAUGCGAAUAUCCAGCUGUCCGACGAGAAGAUUGUUAACGUUGUCUCGGACCUCUUCGGAGCUGGAUUUGACACAGUCACAACUGCCAUCUCCUGGUGCCUCAUGUACCUGGUGACGAGCCCCAAUGUACAGGAAAAGAUCCAGAAGGAGCUGGACACAGUGAUUGGGAGGGAGCGGCAGCCCCGGCUCUCUGACAGACUCCAGCUGCCCUACAUGGAAGCAUUCAUCCUGGAGAUGUUCCGACAUACCUCCUUCGUCCCUUUCACUAUCCCCCAUAGUACCACAAAAGACACAAGUCUGAGUGGCUUUUACAUCCCCAAGGAGCGUUGUGUCUUUGUGAACCAGUGGCAGAUCAACCAUGACCAGAAGCUAUGGGGUGACCCAUCUGAGUUCCGACCAGAACGAUUUCUCACUCCUGAUGGCACCAUCAACAAGGCACUGAGUGAGAAGGUGAUUCUCUUUGGUUUGGGCAAGAGGAAGUGCAUCGGUGAGACCAUUGCCCGCUUGGAGGUCUUUCUCUUCCUGGCCAUCCUGCUGCAGCAGGUGGAAUUCAGUGUGCCACAGGGCACGAAGGUGGAUAUGACCCCUAUUUAUGGGCUGACCAUGAAGCAUGCCCGCUGUGAGCACUUCCAAGUGCGGAUGCGCACUUAGGGGUCUGAGAGCCCUGCAGCUUAGACUCUAUCUACCUGGCCUGUCUGGGCAGCCAGGCCAGGGGGCUGACCUGGGGUCUGGGGGGGGGGGGCGGUCUAAACCUUGGCCUGAAACCCACAGAUAUUGGUCUGGCUGAGUUUUGCUGUCUGGGCUGCAGGCAAGCAUGAAGGAUCAUGCCUGCCCCCCACCCUGGACUUGCUCCUUUGCAUAUUGACCACAGACAAUGGACACAGCAGGGGCCAAAAAAGGAGCAGAUGGAGCCUUCCAGAGUUGUGCUUGAGGCAGGAGGCUUGGUAGGGUUAGGAGCCCCUCAGGCCCCUGGAGACCUUGAGGGAAUUCUCUAGAAGCCUCUAAACCCAGUGGCUGGCUGGCUUUCUGUGGGGACUGACUGGUUUGAGAAACAUUUAGAUCAGGCCACAUCAGGGCCUGUCUAAUCUCUUUGACAAUUGGGAGCUGCCAAGAGUGAAGGGAAGAGGGAGCUUAGGCACAGAGGUGGUCUCCCAGAUUGAAUAAGGCUGAGCAGUCUAACCACAUGGGUCUGGGACACUGCGAUGCCUUCUUCUGUUCUCCCUGCAGGCAGGAACAGGGCUGCAUCCUGGCCUCGCAAGGACCCUGUUCCUGUCCAGGAGGGGCUGGGGGCUUGUGCCUAAGAGGAGCAGAGAACAGAGGGAGUGCCCAGAUUCAGGCACCUGAGUCAGGUCUCUAUGCCCAAUAUUAAAAUGCCUUUAAAAAAUGUUUAUAUGCAAGAAGUUUUAUAUUUUAGCCUGCAUUGUACUGGCAUGCCUUCAUUUAUCAUACGUAAGAGCUUAAGAACAAUUUAUUGAGUGCAAUAGAGAACAUUGUAACCCAAGUAUCCAGAAAUGUGUAAGAAAUUUCUACUUAAGCUAAAUAAAGAUAUUAUCCAGAA